AGAAAUUGAGCGUUUUGGAUGGUUUAGUGAGCGCUGUUCUUUCCCAGAAUACUACUGAUUUUCGGGGUUUCGAUGGCUGCGUGGGGGAAUGAGAGGGGGUUACGGGGAGGGGGGAAAACGACGACGCAAGGGAUGGGGGAGACGCGGCGUUCCAGCGAGGGGAGGAGUAGCGGACUUGCAGUGGUGGUGGAGGUUAGGGUGGAACGGUUGGGGAGUGGAGGCUGGUUAGGUUAUUUUGUUUUUUUUUGGUUUUUUUUUUAAAAUAUUUGGACCAAUUAGGGUUUGACACGUGUUAAGUGACUUGGUAUAGUAAGUCAUUGAUUUUUGGUUGACCGGUUAAGGAUUGAAGAAAGAGAAGUUCCCCAAAAUUCGGAUUAUUCCAGAAUAAUCCAAAGUUGAGAUUAUUAUUUCUAAUUUUUUAUUUAAACUAUAAUAGAGAAACAAUACGUCAACCACCAUAAUACGAGUGAAGUGAACAAAACAUUUAUCUUAUUAAUUAAAUCACAAAUUGCAUUACAUAUUAAAAAAUUCCAAGCACCAGUUUCCUUCCUUCAUUCCUCAAAUUCUCAUUUUAGUAAUAAAACGAUCCAUCUAAACUUGAUUGUAGGUGCAAAUUUUUGGGUUACCAUCCAAAACUUUUGUUUUCCAAAGUGCCAAUACACAAAUACUUCAUGUGUUUAGGUCAAAGUAAAAAAAAAAUCACACUGAUUUCCCCUCUCUUUCUCCUCACAAUCUGUUGAACAUUUCUUAAGAGUUGAGUAAUCACUUUACUUAACCUGAGAAAAAAGAAGCAAAAUUUAUCAUCUUUUUUCCCGCCCCACAUCAAAAAAAAACUUUAAUUUUCCCUUUAAAAUUACUGGUAUAUACAAGUCCCAUUUUUUUGGGUGUACUACUCGUAGUGUGUUUAGAGUUCACACUUUCAGGGAGGAGGAGAGAGAAAGAGACGCAGUGACCCACUCUCAAUGGCGCUACUACGAUCAAUCUAACCCCAACAAAAUCUCUCUUUUCAGCAGCUUUUAGUCCUUUGAAAUGGGCUCACAAAGUAUGUUGGAGCUUACUCUCAAUGAGAUCCUUCAUGUCAUCAACCCCUUGCGAGAGGAUUUGGAAACAAGAAUGCAGAUAAUUGAGGAGUUACGGGUUGCUAUCAGCACAAUUGAAAGUUUGAGAGGUGCUACUGUGGAACCAUUUGGGUCUUUUGUGUCUCAGCUAUUUUCUCGUUGGGGAGAUCUAGAUAUAUCAAUUGAGCUAUCCAAUGGAUUAUACAUUGCAGUUGCUGCCAGGAAGCACAAGCAGGCUUUAUUAGGGGAUGUACUUAAAGCAUUGCGGAGGGCAGGCAGCUUUAAAAGAUUGCAGUCUGUAUCUCAUGCCAGAGUUCCUAUUCUGAAACUUGAGAGCAAAUAUCAGAACAUCUCUUGUGAUAUUUCAAUUAAUAACAUGUCAGGGAAGAUGAAAUCUAAAUUUUUGUUAUGGAUCAGUCUUAUAGAUCAGCGUUUCAGGAAUAUGGUUUUACUGGUCAAGGAGUGGGCAAAAGCAAACGAUAUCAAUAGUCCAAAAACUGGGACUUUUAACUCAUAUUCACUGUCCUUGCUUGUUAUCUUCCAUUUUCAGACUUGUCUUCCAGCAAUUUUGCCUCCACUCAAAGACCUGUACCCUGGAAACAUCGCAGAUGAACUUAUAGGAAUAAAGGCUGAUGUAGAAAGGCGUAUUGAAGAAAUAUCUUUAAGUAAUAUUUCCAAAUUUAGAAAAGAGAGAAGAAUUAACCGCAGCAGUUUAUCUGAGCUAUUUACCUCUUUUCUGGCAAAGUUUUCUGACAUUAGUACGAGGGCAACAGAGCUAGGCAUUUCUACAUACACAGGCCAUUGGGAAGACAUAAAUACAACUACAAGAUGGCUUCCCAAAACAUUUGCCAUUUUUAUUGAAGAUCCUUUUGAGCAACCCGAGAAUACUGCAAGAGCUGUUACCAACACUCAGCUGACAAGAAUUGGUGAAGCGUUCACAAACACCUACCACAGGGUUAUUGCUCCGAAUCAGACUCGAAAUACUCUUAUCCCCAGUUUAGUAAGGUAUGAAAUUUCCCAUUUCUUCCCUGGAGCGGCAUUUGCAAGUCCAAUGGCCAACGGUAGGACUUAUCCAAGGACGAAUCAGAAUACACGCUAUAGCAGUAGCAGCAACUCAUCCCUGCAGUUUCAGCAUCCGUUUCAGAGGACAAGGCAACUGAGUCACCCCAACAAAAUGGCUCCACAAAAAUCUAAUCAAGUAUUUCAAGGACAAGCAUCUGCAAACAUCCAACGGUUUCCAAGGAAUAGCCCUCGAAGUCAGCCUAAAAGAGUGGCCAGAGAAGCUGCUAUGCCAUCUGAAGGACUUGCUCAACCACACACACCACCGCCUGGCCAAGUAAAUAAUGUGGCUACGCAGCAACCUGCUAAGGUAACUCAACGGCAAACCCAGCAAAUUUGGCGGCCUAAACAAUCUGAUAGUUAGCAAGUCGGAACACUCUUCAGUUUGAUUUGGUUUAUCAGGCUAUCAAUGGCAUCAUCAAAUUGCAUUCCACAGUGAAGAAUCUCAUUUAUUGCAAUUAGGAAUGACUAGUGUUCAUACGGAACUACAGUGAACUGAUGGAAUAUCAACUUUUGGGAAAUCUUCCCAAUAAUAGUUCAUAGAGAGGGGUCAAACAUACCAGUGUUAUUUGGAAAAAUUCCCAAUAACAGUAAUUGGAAUAUAUCAGUGUGGCAGUGUUAAGGUUCAGAAACUUUUAUUUUGUACUCGUGAAAUCUUGUUAGUGUUGGAAAUUUUGAAUAUACAAAGUAUUUUUGCCUAAAAUUGUUAUUGUGAAAACCAUUUUAAUUUCCCCAAA